AUGGCGGAGCUUCAUAUUAUCGGGCAGCUUGUCGGCGCUAGCGGUUUCCCUCACAACAGUCUCUUUUGCAAAUGGGGACUCCACACGGGAGGAGCGUGGCGUCUCCUCGCGGGCUCCAAGCAGGGCCAGACUCAAGUGGACAACCCCCAGACGGGUGACAUCGCAUACUGGAGCCACCCCAUCGACGUCCAUUACGCCACCAAAGGGCUCCAAGGCUGGCCCAAACUUCACCUCCAGGUGUGGUACCAGGACUCGUUCGGCCGCUGCGACCUGCUCGGAUACGGCUACUGUCACAUCCCAUCCAGCCCCGGGCACCACCGAAUCAACUGUGCCACCUGGAGGCCGCUGGGUUCGUGGCAGGAGCAGUUGUCGCAGAUGUUCGUCGGCGGUGGGCCGCAGCUCCGCAGCCCGGAUAUCAUCUACAGCGGGGCGGAUAGAUACAGGCUGCACACCGAGGCAAUGGGGACCGUGGAGCUGGAGCUCGGCAUCAUUAUGCGAAAUUUUGACAAAUAUGGAGUGGAUAGUUAA